AUGCAUUACACAAUGGAUAAAGAUAUUCUCCAAAAAGAGCAUCAACAUAUUAAUUCCGAAUUGAAGAAUCAAGUAGAUUUCAAAAUAUCUAAAUUAGAAGUUACUGAUAAGCAAAAAACUGUUGAAAGAGUGAUUAAUCAAAUUAACAAUCCCACAUUUGAUUUGUCUCAGAUUAAAAAGAAUUCAGACAAGAAUAGAAUUAAGCUAGUUGGUUUGUGGGCUCAUUUAUUAGAUGAAUAUCGACAAUCAAUGAAUACUCAAGAUAUUCCACAGUUAAUAACUAUUAAAUUAAGAAUGAAAACAUUAAUAGAGGAAAUCAGUAGAAAGACUAGUUAUUCCAAAAAUAAAAUAUAUGAGAUUUUGGAAUCUAUUCAACUAAAGCAAGCACUCAGGACAAAAAUAAAAGAAUAUAAAACAUCCAAGACAUUGACAGUAACUGAGUUACCAAAAGAGUUCAAAUCAAAUCAAACAAAAAGAACAAUUUUGGCUCGAUCAAAUUCUGUUCCAAAAAUUUUCUUUUACUUCGAUACAACACCGUGUAUCAGAAAUUGGGGAGAAGCUUCCUAA